AUGCCUCCCGCUCCUGCAGCCAAGACUCUCCCUCCUGUGGUCAAGCCUCCCGCUCCUGCAGCCCAGGCUCUACCUCCUGUGGUCAAGCCUCCCGCUCCGGCAGUCAAGGCUCUACCUCCCGUGGCUAACACCGAAUCUCCUGUGACCAUGCCUCCCGCUCCUGCAGCCAAGGCUGUCCCUCCUGUGGUCACGCCUCCCGCUCCUGCAGCCAAGGCUCUCCCUCCUGGGGUCCGGCCUCCCGCUCCGGCAGUCAAGAGUCUCCCUCCAGCGGUUAAGCCUCCUGCUGCUGCAGCCAAGGCUCUCCCUCCUGCGGUUAAGGCCGGAUCUCCUACGACCGAGACUCCCGCUCCGGCAGCCAGGAAUUUCCCUCCUGCGGUCAAGACCGAAUCUCCUCUGCUCAAGCCUGCCGCUUCUACGGCGGAGUCUCUCCCUCCUCCCGUCAUGCCGCCCGCCCCUCCGGUCAGGUCGCUCGCUCCUUCGGUCAAAGCUCUCCCUCCUGUGGGCAAGCCUCCCGCCCCUGUAGCCAAGGCUACCUCUCGUGGGAUCAAGGCCGAACCUACUAUAGUGAAGGCUGCCACCCCUGCGGCGGAGCCUUUCCCUUCUAUGGUGAAGCCGGCCGGUCCUGGAUCCGGGGCUCUCUCUUCUGAGCCCAAGGCCACACCUCCUGAGACCAAGGCUGCGUCGGUCAAGCCUCCCGCUCCGGCAUCCAUGGCUACCGCUACUGUAGCCAAAACUACCGCUCCUGCGGUCAAGGUCGAACCUACUAUAGUGAAGGCUGCCGCCCCUGCGGCGGAGCCUUUCCCUUCUAUGGUGAAACCGCCCGGUCCUGCAUCCAAGGCUCUCUCUUCUGAGCCCAAGGCCACACCUCCUGAGACCAAGGCUGCGUCGGUUAAGCCUCCCACUCCGGCAUCCAAGGCUACCACUCUCACCCCGAUCUCCUCGGCUCCCGCCCCGACCUCUUCCGCUCCCGCGCCGACCUUCGUUCGGAAGGUGCCGUCCGCGGAGAAGGAGUUGGGCACGAAUCUGACGAUCAGCCAACCUGCCCCCGCUGCGAGUGACGAGAAGCCACCAGGACGGCAGUCUUCUACCAGGCCGCCUUCGACGUCGCACGGGAGACCGCUGGCCGCGACGGCUGCAACUUCCUCCGGGGUGUCCGCCCUGAAGAAGGCACCGGCCACCGAGCCAGAGACCACUGGGCUAAGGGCAAAGGCAGCCUUCGUGUCAAAGGCCGCCUCGACCCCCGCGCCUAUCCCUAAGGGAGCAAUCGCCAAGGGAGGAACAGCCCAGGAAGGAAAAGCCAGCGGAGCAACCGCCAACAGAGGAGCAGCCAAGGGAGCAACUUCGCCUCCGAAGGCGUUCUCCAUCCCUGCGUCGAAGCAAGAGCCGCCCGUGCAGUCGCCCGCGGUUGCUACGACCGUGGUUGGUACGGCCAAGGUUGGUACGACCGAGGUGGGUGCGAGCAAGGUUGGUGCGAGCAAGGUUGGUGCGAGCAAGGUUGGUGCGAGCAAGGUUGGUACGACCGAGGCUGGUACGACGAAGGUUGGUACGACCGAUGUUAGUAUGGCUAAAAAUGGCGCUGGCCAGGCGGGCGCAGUUAAGAAUGUGGGUCCUAGGUCCGCCGCCAGGUCCGAGCCGCUUACUUCUUCGGCGGCGACCGGCUCGUCGGUUGCUGAAGUGGUAGUGAAGAGGCAAGGCUCUGGCGAAGUGUUGGCUGUCUCCCGAUCGUCCGAGACGGAGAAGACGGGAGGGAAGAAGCGUCUAGCUAAGAAGAAAACACUGAAGAAGAAGCAGCAUAACUCGGUAUCGGAAGGGAACUCGACCCGGGCGGGAGACAGUUCCACCCGAGCCGGUGAUAGUUCCGUUCGCGCAGGAGACAGCGCUACUGGGGACCGACCUGCCACGAAAAGCCCACCCGUGAAAGCACCCCUCAGAUCGGGGACCACCGACGGAACGCCUACCAGGAAGGACACGACCAGGAAAAAUACGACUGGUAAAGGCACGACUCCAGCGUUUAGCUUCCUUUCGUGGUUGGCUGGCGGCGACCCAGUGGCGGGAGAGAUCAGCAGCGCGCAAGGAAGCGCAACCUCGGCGGAAUCUGUAGCGGUAGCCGGCUCCCCCAGACCGACAACCGAUGCUGGCGGUGAGGACUCCGUUUCAAGUCCCGCUCCGGACUCAGUUUCGGACCCACACGAAGAGACGCUCGCGACCACAUUACUGGGAGCACUGAGCGGUUGGACGAAGGAAGAAGAACCGGCCGUCCCGGGCGAAGAAGAGAAGGAGGAGGAGGAGCCGGCCUUCGCCACAGCAUUGUUGAGUGCCUGGGAAAACUGGGGCCGUCCCACUGAACCCGAGGAAGAAGAACCGGCCGUCCCGAACGCAGAAGAGAAGGAGCCCGCCGUCCCGAACGAAGAAGAGAAGGAGCCCGCCUUCCCCACAGCGCUGUUGAGUGCCUGGGAAAACUGGGGCCGUCCCACUGAACCCGAGGAAGCCGAGGAGAACCGCCGCUUAUCCCUCGUUGAUGCCGAAAGUCAAGUUGCAAGUAACGGAGUCAAGAAAGCCCAACGGGAGAGUGCGAUAGGACGCCUCGCGUCACAGCCAAAGGACGCGGAUCGAUCAUCGGCCGUGACACCUCGUAAAGGAAAGCCCGAUGACGGUGCUACUUCGCUUGAUGUUGCUCCGUCUGAUGACGGUGCCACUUCGCUUGAUGGCGGUGCCACUGACUCCGGACUCUGGCCCGACUUUAGCUCUUGGGGCUUAGCCUCAACAGGCAUCGCCGAUGCCGCUAUCACCGGCCUUACUAACGCUUCAGCUUUGGCUUCAGAGCUCGUGCAAUCCGCAUCAACUUUGCCCCAAGAUUUGACCUGA